AGUCAUUUGUUCGGUUACUACAAACUUUUAAGCUUUCUCUUCCAAGCUUUUUCUUCUUCCUCAUCAUCAAAAUUCAAGAUAUAUAGCGCUAUAGAUAGAGAGAGAGAGUAUGGGGUGGUGGCUAAACGGCGGCGUCAGGACUAUAAUGAUGGCAAUGACCAUCAUUUCUUUUGUACAUGCUGAAGAUCCCUACCGUUUUUUCGAUUGGAGGGUCACUUACGGCAACAUUUCUCCACUUGGCAUUCCUCUUAAGGGGAUCUUGAUCAAUGGACAAUAUCCAGGACCCGAUAUUUACUCAGUCACCAAUGACAAUUUGAUCAUCAAUGUUCACAACGAGCUCGACGAACCCUUUCUCUUAUCUUGGAACGGAGUGCAACUGAGGAAGAAUUCUUACCAAGAUGGAGUGUAUGGGACGACUUGUCCAAUCCCACCGGGCAAAAACUACACUUAUGCAAUCCAAGUCAAAGACCAGAUUGGUAGUUUCUUCUACUUCCCUUCCCUCGCCGUUCACAAAGCUGUCGGUGGUUUCGGCGGUUUCCGUAUUCUCAGCCGCCCUCGCAUCCCCGUCCCUUUCCCUGAACCUGCUGGAGAUUUCACUUUCUUAAUCAGUGAUUGGUUUGAGCGUGACCACAAGACUUUGAAGGCACUUUUGGAUAGAGGACACAAGCUACCUUUGCCUCAAGGGGUUUUGAUCAAUGGCCAAGGAGUCAGUUUUUCUUCUUCUCUCACCGUCGAGAAAGGUAAAACAUACAGAUUCAGAAUAUCGAACGUAGGGAUUCAAAACACUCUGAAUUUUAGAAUACAUGGUCAUCAAAUGAAGCUCGUCGAGGUUGAGGGAACACAUACAGUCCAGUCCAUGUAUACCUCACUCGACAUUCACGUUGGACAGUCUUACUCCGUCUUGGUCACCAUGGACCAACCUGACAAAGACUAUGACAUUGUCGUCUCCACAAAAUUUGCGGCCAAAAAACUUUUGGUCUCAUCCACUAUUCACUACUCCAACUCAAGAAGACAUAACAAAACAUCUCCUUCUGUCCACGUUGAACCACCACCACCUGCCGAUGAACUAGAUUGGUCUAUCAAACAAGCCCGGUCCAUUAGGACAAAUCUAACUGCGUCUGGGCCAAGGCCUAACCCUCAAGGCUCAUAUCACUAUGGUCGAAUCAAAAUCUCUAGGACUUUAAUAUUGGAAAGCUCUGCGGCACUUGUGCAUAAGAAGCAACGCUACGCCAUAAACGGAGUGUCGUUUGUAGCUGCAGAUACUCCGCUUAAGCUUGCGGAUUACUUUAAGAUCAAAGGCGUUUUUAAAGUGGAGAGCAUCCCUGACAAGCCGAGGAGAGGAGUAGGGAUGAGAAUGGAUACGUCAGUGAUGGGAGCAAACCACAGGGAUUUCUUUGAAAUCAUAUUUCAAAACCGCGAGAAGGUCGUCCAAAGUUACCACCUCGAUGGAUACAACUUCUGGGUUGUCGGGAUGGAUAGAGGAACAUGGACAAAAGCGAGUAGACGAGAGUAUAAUUUGAGGGAUGCUGUUUCUCGCUCCACUACUCAGGUAUAUCCAGAAUCUUGGACAGCCGUAUAUGUGGCACUGGACAAUGUGGGGAUGUGGAACUUAAGGAGUGAAUACUGGGCGAGGCAAUACUUAGGACAACAAUUCUACCUCCGAGUUUAUUCUCCAGCUCACUCUCUAAGAGAUGAAUACCUUUUGCCUAAGAAUGCUUUGUUGUGUGGCCGAGCCUCCAAUAAACAACACACGCCCAUAAUCACUCCUUGAAAUCGUAUUGGCUUGAUUGUAUGAUCAUACCAAUCGUAAAUGGAUGAUUUAGGGAUAUAUUCUAUUUUAAUAUAUUAAGUUCUUUAUUCUUUUAUAUAUUUAUAGCGAGGUAUACAUUUUAAUAAAUUUUCCCUUUUAAUUAUGUAUAUCUAAAUUAAUGAAAAAUUAUAAUGGAUACAAUAGUGGAUUGUCUA